AUGAUCUGUAACUAUGUCUAUGUCUAUGUCUACGGCUAUGGCUAUGGUUAUGUCUAUGGCUAUGGCUAUGGUUAUGUCUAUGGCUAUGGUUAUGUCUAUGGCUAUGUCUAUGACUAUGGCUAUGGCUAUGGUUAUGUCUAUGGCUAUGGCUAUGGCUAUGGUUAUGUCUAUGGCUAUGGCUAUGGUUAUGUUUAUGGUUAUGUCUAUGGCUAUGUUUAUGUCUAUGGCUAUGGCUAUGUCUAUGACUAUGGCUAUGGUUAUGUCUAUGUCUAUGGCUAUGGUUAUGGUUAUGUCUAUGGCUAUGUCUAUGGUUAUGUCUAUGGCUAUGGCUAUGGCUAUGGUUAUGGCUAUGGCUAUGGUUAUGUCUAUGGCUAUGGCUAUGUCUAUGACUAUGGCUAUGGUUAUGGCUAUGGCUAUGGUUAUGGCUAUGGCUAUGUCUAUGUCUAUGGCUAUGGUUAUGUCUAUGGCUAUGACUAUGUCCUGUCAUGCAGCUCCAGCCCCUGGCUGGAUUCCUAA